GACUGAGUCAUCUUACUAUUUGGGGGAAAAGAAACCAAGGACACUGAGAGAGAUCAGACGUGACCUGCAGCCGAGGAGAGUGGAUAUUUCUGGGGUAUUAUGUGAAGAUGGGGUGGACAUCUCUCAUCUUUUCAGCCUCAGUGUUGUUGUGUGCUGCUGUUCCAGUUCUCAGCGGCCAGCACUCUCUGUACUACACCUACACGGCUCUGUCCCAGCCCCUUGAACUUCCCGGAAUCUAUGAGUUCACUGCACUGGGAAUGCUCGAUGACCACGAACUCGACUACUACACCAGCAAGACUCAGGCUAAGGUUCCUAAACAGCACUGGAUGAGAGAGAAGAUGCCACAGGAUUACUGGGAGAAAGGCACUCAGUCCCGCAAGAGCAAAGAGCAGUGGUUUAAGGUCAACGUGGACAUCCUGAUGGAACGUAUGGGACACAAUAAGACUGACCUUCAUGUUCUUCAAUGGAGACAUGGCUGUGAGAUUGAAACUACAGGUGGAAAAAUUAAAUUUGUGAGUGGAGUUGAUGAGUACAGCUAUGAUGGCACUGAGUUCCUCUCCUUCGAUGAGGAAAACUCGAGGUGGAUUGCUCCAGUCCCAGCUGCUGAGCCGACCAAAAGGAAAUGGGAUGAAGUUCCCAUCCUUAACCAGUACACCAAGGGCUAUCUGGAGAAAGAGUGUGUGGACUGGCUCACCAAGUUCAUGGAUUAUGGAAAAGAAGAAUUGAGAAAAAAAUCUCCACCAGAUGUACAUCUGUUUGCAAAGAAAUCAGUAACUGACCCCAGCAAGUUGACCCUGACCUGCCUGGCCACGGGAUUCUACCCUCCAGAUAUCGAGAUGCGUUUGAGGAAACUCAGAACUUCUCUACCUGAACAUCUGGUAACAUCCUCAGGAGUCAGACCCAAUGGUGACGGCUCCUACCAGCUGAGGAAGAGUGUGGACAUUGUGGAGGAUGACAAAGCACUGUAUGAUUGUUAUGUGAACCACGAAACCCUCCCGGAACCAAUAAUUAUUCCCGAUGGCAAAGGUAUUCCGUGCCUAGACUGUACUGCACCAAAAGUUCAGAGCGGUAUCAUCGGUGGAGUGGUCGGAGUUCUGCUCACACUGGCUGUGGUUGCAGGCAUUAUCUUCUUCCUUAGAAGGAAGGGAAUAAUCAGGUUGGGACGUAACGGUGGAUCCCCAGCAAACAGCACUGUUCAUGUGCCGCUUGCAGCUCCACCUUCUGCUCCAUCUUCAGAGGGACACAGCGAUACUGGAUCAGACAGUAAAGGUGCUAAAGAUUCUGACAGCACAAGAGACUCUGGAAAAGGCAGCGCUACUGGAUCAUCAGCCAGCAGCCAGGAGAAUAUUGAUGAGACAUCCAAAAUGAUAUAAACCUCUGAAUUAGUCUGAAUACUUCUGGUGGAGGUGGAGAGUCGAUUUUACAUAAACACUAUGGACAAAGGAUCUGAUCUCACUGAAAGCUUUUUUCAAGUCAAUGAUUUAAAAGCCUUCAUAUGUAACCAUCAACCUAUUACAAUCUACUACAAACCUGCACACCUGUGCUUACACACCUCUGAUCACUACUGAUGGUUGCAGUUUUUUUCCCCCUAACAGUUUACAAGAAAGUAGUUUAAAUAUUAGACUUAAAAACAGAGCAUGUAAUAAUCAGCACCUUUCCCAAAAAAAUCUAACUGAGCAAAACAAUUAAAUAUGCGUUUAAUGUGUUUAGCUAAAAGCUGUUAAAAAAUAAAAUAAAUAAAAAACAACUGAUGAUAUACAUGGGUGAAAACAAGCUAAAAGAUAUUAUAUUCUGAAUAUGUAGAUAAUUCUGCAUUCACAUCCAUCAUCCUCAGCAUUAAUUCCUGCUGGGUGCUGUAAAAAAAAAAAAAGCUGCAAAUGUCAAAAUUCAUUAGUUUAUAAACAGAACAUUAAAUAUAAAAUUAUAAAUAAAGUAUUAAAUCCCAGGUUAAGGCACUGCUUAUUGCCAGAUUGGGCUAGAUUUGAAUACACUGUGGGUGGAAAAGUCCGCGGGUGGCGUUUCCUAAGGCAAGUUUAAAAACGGGCUGUGGCUGUGAAGAUGUUUUAAAGCAAUGAUUGAAUUGAAUUUAAUCAAACAUAUGACAAACAAAGGUAAAGUGUCACUCCAUGAAAACUGCAGACAAACUGUGACAUGUAAAUAAGCUAAAAGCCAGAAUAAGGACUUUUGAAGACCACUCGCACCCUUACGCUGACAUUAUCAUCAGAAAUAAUGGCAUAUGGGUCAGAAGAUAACAUCUCUACUCAAAGAUGAGAUACAAGGCAUCACAUUUACUGCCGCUCAUGUAACAAGGACAUGCAAAUAACAAUGGAUUUAUCCAAAAUAAAAAACGUAAUAAAAAGGAAAACAUUUGCGAGGUCGAUAGAGCCUGUGCUCUCACGGCCGGGGCCGGGAUCGUACCAGUUCCAGUCAUAAUAUAGGAGAACUUUAUCUGAAGUAUAAAAGCAUGCUGGGAGAAGGUUUUUUUUUUUAACUGGCUUCAUAUACCUCAAUCUGGUGAUGAUUAACUUUAAAAUGCACUUAAAACUUUCAACAGAUUCUUCCUACUACUAUUACUGAUUACAAUGAUGAUGAUUAACAUUUUCACUUACUGCAUUAUUCAAAUCUUAUUUGUACUUGUUUUAAUAAGAUCAUGGUUUCUUGGUAUAGACACUGGAUUAUUUUUGUUCUCGAGUGAAAGACAUUUACUACAGGCGAAUUCUACAUUAUGGCUGUUUAAAGUAUAGUUUGGUGAAUCUUUUGUGUACUGUUGACUGCUUCUUGCGGUAUGACUACAUAGAGCUUUUAUUUUUGGUUGUUGAAUUUAUUCAAAUGUACUUUAAUAAUUACAUUGUACGUACUACAAAUACAUGCUAUGUUUUGUUCA